AUGUUACACAAAGAUAGGUUCGGAAUUACGAGUUGUCACAAGAAGGGUACUGAGAAAGCAAAGGAAAACCAAGGAGAAUCUGCUUCACAUGACAAUAAGCGGAAGUUCUCACAAUUCAAGAAAGGAUCUCAAUCGGGUAAUAAGAAAAAGGAGAAUCCCCCAAAGAAGUCGGGAAAGGCAUUCGUAGCAGCAGCAGAAACAGAAUCGAAAGGAUAUGCGGGGAGUGCACCUAAGUGCAAUAGAUGCGGGUUUCAUCACACAGAUUUUAGUUUUAUAUCUUUAGAAUUUAAAGAUAUGCUUGGACUAAAGUCAACUAAACUAGAUGUUCCAUUCACUAUCGAAUUAACGAAUGGAAAAGUGAUUGAAACCGAUAAAAUUAUUAAAGGAUGCUCCUUAGAGUUAGGAGGACAAAAAUUCAAAAUUGACCUAAUGCCCGUUCAACUAGGUAGUUUUGAUAUUGUAGUUGGAAUGGAUUGGCUAUCCAACAACCAAGCCGAUGUCGUAUGUUACGACAAGAUCAUUCGAAUCCCUCUUCCUAAUAACGAAACACUUCUUGUUCACGGUGAGAAAAAUGAAAUACCGUUACGAAUCAUUUCUUGUAUGAAAACCCGAAAGUGCCUACGAAAAGGAUGUAUAGCAUUCUUAGCGCACAUUGUUGACAAGAUAGCCAAGGAGCUAAAACUUGUGGAAAUCCCGGUUGUGAAGGAAUUACCUGAAGUCUUUCCUGGAGACUUUUCGGGAAUACCACCACAACGACAAGUCGAAUUCCGAAUUGACUUAAUUCCAGGUGCUGCACCUGUGGAAGCAUUAAAAUCAGAAAAUGUCAAAGCAGAAAUGCUUAGAGGUAUGGAAAAACAACUAGAGCCAAAAGAGAACGGAGCCUUAUAUUUCAUGAAUAGAAUUUGGAUUCCUCGUUUUGGUGGUCUUCGAGACCUAAUUCUUGACGAGGCUCAUAAAUCCAAAUAUUCGAUACAUCCUGGAGCAGAUAAGAUGUAUCACGAUCUCAUGGAAUUUUAUUGGUGGCCUAAUAUCAAAGGUGAUAUUGCGACAUAUGUUGGAAAAUGUCUAACAUGUGCUAAAGUUAAGGCCGAGUACCAAAAACCUUCUGGAUUGCUACAACAACCCGAAAUCCCUAAUUGGAAAUCAGAACAUAUUUCUAUGGAUUUUGUAACUAAAUUACCCAGAACUUCCCGUGGUCAUGACAUGAUUUGGGUAAUCGUCGACCGAUUAACCAAGUCAGCUCACUUCUUACCUAUCCGUGAGAAAUAUAGUACUGAGAAGUUAGUUGAAAUCUAUCUCAGAGAAAUUGUAGCAAGACAUGGUGUACCUGUGUCGAUAAUCUCUGACCGAGACGGUCGUUUUAUAUCAAGGAUUUGGCAGUCUUUUCAAAAGGCCUUUGGAUCCCAAUUAAAUUUGAGCACAACCUUUCAUCCCCAAACUGAUGGUCAAAGUGAACGCACAAUUCAAAAUCUAGAAGAUAUGUUGCGUGCUUGUGUGUUGCUAAAAGUCUCACCGUGGAAAGGCGUAGCUAGAUUCGGUAAGCAAGGGAAGCUUAUCCCGAGAUACAUAGGACCUUAUGAGAUCUUGGAAAAGAUUGGAAACGUCGCCUACAAGUUAAAGCUGCCUGAAACGCUCAGUAACGUCCAUGACACUUUUCAUGUGUCGAAUUUGAAAAAGUGUCUUUCGGAUGAAUCACUUAUCAUUCCCCCGGACGAAAUCCAUGUAGACGAAAAGCUCAAUUUCAUCGAAGAACCUGUUGAGGUUCUAGAUUCAAAGAUUCACAAAACAAGGAGAAGUCGAAUCAAACUAAUCAAAGUCCGAUGGAACUCGAAACGAGGACCCGAGUUCACAUGGGAACGAAAAGAGGAAAUCAAAAAGAAAUACCCUCAUUUUUUUAAGAAAGUCCCAACAAAGAAGUGA